AUGCGGAACUUACAGCAACUUUUCGUUGCUGUAUUGUUUCUCACAUUCACUGCGCUAAUCUGCGCUGGAGAGACUUCCCAUUCGAUCAGUGACAUUCUACAAACGGAGCAAUACAUUUUUUUAGCACAGGAUGGCAACAAUAGAUUCUCCGAAGUUAACAUUUCUCAUGGAAAUUGCCCGCAAGUUAUGAACAGUGCAAAACUGAGCAGUGACUCCACUCAUUCCAAAAACGUCCAUAUUCAUCUAAUGAGAGAUCCAAGUGGUAUUCUUCCUCCAAAAUUGUUGAUUAUUAAAGAGAGAGCGGACUAUUACACUGCUGACGUUUCGUCUCUGAAUAAUCUAAAAUCAUUCAAAAGUAAGCUUUCACCGACUUUGGAAAACUCUGAUGAGGAAAGUGCAGACUUAAACAAAUACAAAAUGAAAAUGUUCAUUAGAAACCCAAAAGAGAAGCCACAAAGUAUUUUUGAUACAAUGAGCCACGUGCUUUACCUUUUCUAUCCCUCUGCCGAAGGAUUCGAUGUUACAAGUUAUUACAUCCGAGAAGUUUUCACCAACGAAUUCGCCAUGCUUACGUUAUUCAAUCGGAAGUUGAACAUUACUCAAAAUCGAUACGGCUGGGUCGAAGAUCCAUAUUCGAAUAAAGUUUACUACAAAGAGAAGGUCCAUAAUCAAGUUCUGCUUUUCGAAGCACCGUUGCAUGAUCUCCUUCAUCUACUGUCUGGUGCCAAAUCAGGAAAACAUUAUGCAACGUGGGGUGCAACACAAUUGCAACAGGUGGCUCCAAAAGAAACGCUUAUGGGUGCAUCCAAAAGCGUGCUUUUCGGCUAUGAAAAUGAAAAUGAUGAUGGCGAUUCUCGAAUUCUAUCCUCAUUCAUCACUUCUCCAAAAUCUGAAUUAACGAUCAACUGUGAAAUGGACGCAAAGGUCAAGAACUUCCCAAAAAAGAGAACAAUUUUGAUUAUCCGGAACAACGAUUAUUGCAUGCUGCGGGACAGAUCCAAGUAUAACAGAAUCCAGUGUGAAAAAGAGCAGGAGGACUACAUGAAGCUCAGAACUCCAACGCCAAUUGAACCUUUCAACGCUGUUAUGUGGUUGAUGAUUUGUUGUCUUAUUUUGGUCUCAGCUAUUGUUCUUCAGUGCGUCUACAUCUAUUGGCUUCGGUCCUCUUUCGUUACAGCGGACGAUGUAGCAAUGCUGAAUGAGAAUGAAACAGAAGCCUCCUUGUUUAUUGCCAAGCAACGCAGUUUCCCUACCAGCUAUCAGGAUCCUGCUCUCUUGGAUAUCUCUGUUGAUAAGUGGAACUAA